AUGCGUCUACGUAUGAGAGGUCUAAAAAACGGUGACGGUGUCCGCAAGCGUCAAAAGUCGCUUGCGGCGCUCAUUACGGGCCUCGAAGAUGACAUAGCCGAUGCAUCACCUGGACUCGAGAUCGCGUCACCACUUAAGAGUGCGCUUUCGUUUAGAGAAACAGUAUCACCGAAGUCAAUUCAGAAAACCAAGAAACCGAAGUUUGUAAGGAUGGCGACCAGUAAAGCUGAAAUGCUAGCCAAGAAGAACCGCUCUAUAGCUGAAAUUAAGGCACCAGCCAAGCGAAUAACAACAGUUGAGUGGAUAGAGUAUCGAAUUGACCAAUACAUUUCAACUCGAAGAGGACAAACGGCGUCGUUGACGAUUCUCGGCUUGGUGUUAAUGACGUUUGGAGGUUUUUUUCUCAAAGCAGUUAGACCAUCGACUGCAUUAAGGGAAACGAUAUGGGAGGCGUGGACGUAUUUAGCGGACGCGGGUUCGCACACUAGUUUGGUGGAUGAAGGCUUGCGCGUUGUGGGCGUAACAAUGACCCUUACUGGCAUCUUGUAUUUUUCUGUGAUCAUGGGUUUCGUCGUAGAUGGCAUUCGAGCGAAGAUGGAUAUGCUGAAAAAAGGUAAAUCGAAAGUUGCGGAGCAGAAUCAUACACUUUUGCUCGGAUGGUCCGACAAAUCGAUCUCUUUAAUUCGUCAAAUUUGUUUAGCCAAUGCAAGCAAUAAGGGUGGAGUAAUAGUCGUACUCGCUGAAAUUGAAAAAGAGGAGUUAGAGGCUGAGCUGGAAUCACAGUUGCGUGCAAACGAACUUCUGGGUACCCGCGUCAUUUUUCGAACUGGAACACCGCUACUGUCGGUCGACCUUCUGAAAGUUUCAGCUCAUCGUGCUAAGAGUAUCAUUAUCAUGGCAACUUCAUCAGGAGAAGCGGACCGAUCCGAUGCGGCGAUCCUGCGCACUGUAUUAAGUCUCAAGACAUUACCUGAGCUUUCAGGUCACAUUGUGGCAGAGUUGCGAGACAUCGACAACGAUCCGCUACUACGACUUGUUGGAGGAAACGAUGUCGAGAUCCUUGUAUCGCAUGACGUUAUUGGCCGCUUGGUUCUCAUGUCUGCUCGAUCUCCUGGUCUAGCUCGAGUGUACUCCGCCCUUCUUGGCUUCGAAGGAAACGAAUUCUACUUCAAAGCAUGGCCUGAAUGUGUUGGUGUUUUAUUUAGUGGUCUUGCAGAGCGUUUUCCUGACGCAAUCCCAGUAGGCAUCAAGAGAAAGAAUGGUGAGGUAUUUAUUUGUCCGGAAACAGACAUGGCUGUUGAGGAAGGGGACGAGAUUUUGGUUUUGGCUGAAGAUGAUGAUACAUAUAAGGCGUGUCCCCCAGUUCAAAUCGAGGUGGGAAGAGUUCCAGUGCCUCCAAUAAAAAUGUUCAGCCAAGAGCGAAUUUUAAUGUGCGGGUGGCGCAGAGAUAUUCGAGACAUGAUUCAACUACUUGAUGCAAUUGUACGGCCUGGAACUGAUGUACACAUGAUAUGUGAAGAACCAAUCGCAUCACGAAACAAAAGCCUGCUUGAGAGUGGCUUGGAUACUCGCGCGCUUAAGAACAUACGACUCGUUCACCAUUUGGGCAAUACGGCAAUCCGUCGACAGCUGGAAAAACUUCCAUGGAGCUCUUUCACUUCAAUUAUGAUAUUGUCCGAUCAGUCACGCGAAACGGACAUAAUGCAUUCCGACUCGCAUUCACUGGCUUCUUUGCUCCUUAUUCGAGACUUGCAAACUCGUAGCUUGAAAAGUGUCAGCGGACCAGAAGUAAAGCCAAAUUUUUGUAAAUGUAUUAGCGAAAUUCUUGAUCCGCGGACACAGAGAACAAUAUCCACAAGUGCUACCAUUUUAAAACUUUCCGAAUUUAUUCAAUCUAAUGAGCUCGUGAGCUGUAUCUUGGCUAUGAUAUCUGAAAGUCGAGACGUCCGUGUGAUACUCGAUGAGUUGCUUGGCCCUCAUGGUGCUUCUUUCGAAGUCGAGCCUUCAACUCGAUACUGUGAAGUAAUUGAGAAAGUAUCGUUUUGGCAAUUGGCUAAACGGGCAAUGACGCGAGGUGACAUUUUAUGUGGCUACCAAAUUCGUGAUGGUGAAGAGACAAUUCUUAACCCAGAACACAAAGACCAAGCUCGUAUAUGGAGCAAUGCCGAUAUGAUUGUCAUUCGAAAUGCUGAAAAUGCCACACAUAGAUCCUCGCUAAGCUGUGUCAAUGCCGAAGAUUUUGAGCGCACAACAAAAAGCCGACAAGUGAAAACGCACUUUUCUCGAAAACGAUUACUGUCUGCUAUCAUUCAUGACGUCGAGUUAGGUAGAAAUGGUGAAACAGGUGACGACCCUGAGCGAAGUAGUGCCAUGAAAGCAUUGACAAGUUUCGCUGAAGAUGACGAGGAUGGCAACUAUGAUCAUCAUCUUUCAUCCUUUUCAUUUGCCAAUAGACGUCCUGGUGUUCGCAGUCUUAUUGCCGCUGCAAGAAUGCUUGCAGAUGAACUCGAACACACUGAAAGAGCCCGAAACAUGGGGAACGAAAGCUGCGAGGAGGUCGAUGAGGACGUUUCUGUAUUUGACGUUCAUAACUCGUAA